UAAAAGGAGGAGGAGUAGCCAUUUUUGGGACAACAGCCGGUGCCCUGGGGAUAAUAAAUACAGUUGCGUAAAAGCACUGGCACGUAGGGGCCAUUAUGGAUGAGAAGUACGACAUUAUCGUACUUGGAACGGGACUGAAGGAAUGUAUUCUCAGUGGGAUGUUGUCUGUGAGUGGGAAGAAAGUGCUGCACAUGGACCGUAACAAGUAUUAUGGAGGGAAGAGCGCUUCACUGACACCUUUAGAGCAGGCAUUUGAGCAUUUUGGGAAAAAAUUAUCUAAUCCUGAGAGCUAUGGUAAAGGACGUGACUGGAACGUGGAUCUUAUUCCCAAGUUUCUGAUGGCUAAUGGCCAACUGGUGAAGUUGCUAAUUCACACUGGAGUAACGCGCUAUCUGGAGUUCAAGUCCUGUGAAGGCAGUUACGUGUACAAGGAUGGUAAAAUUUACAAGGUCCCUGCUACGGAAAAAGAGGCAUUGACAACAUCACUGAUGGGAAUGUUUGAAAAGAGGCGGUUCCGAAAGUUUCUGCAGUUUGUACAGACUUUCGACGAGAAGGAUCCCUCCACUUGGGAAGGUCUGCAGCCGAAUUUUCCCGUCACGGAGGUCUUCAAGAAGUUCAGUCUUGAUGCAAAUACUCAGGAUUUCACGGGCCACGCCAUCGCUCUGUACCGUGAUGACAAUUACGGUUCAUGCUCCUGUUCAGAUUUAGUUGCUAGGUGUCGGCUGUACAGCGAUUCUCUGGCUCGAUAUGGGAAAUCCCCAUACCUGUAUCCUCUUUAUGGACUUGGAGAAUUGCCACAGGGAUUUGCCAGACUGAGUGCCAUCUAUGGUGGAACAUACAUGCUGGAUAAGAACGGGGAGAUAGUAUUUGAAGAUGGGAAGGUUGUUGGAGUCAAGUCUGGUGAUGAAACUGCAAAAUGUGAUAUGGUUGUCUGCGACCCAAGCUAUGCUGAGGAUAAAGUAUCCAAAGUUGGCAAGGUCAUUCGUGCCAUAUGUAUUAUGAAGCAUCCAAUUGCAAAUACGUCCGAUUCUCUUUCCUGUCAAAUUAUCAUUCCACAGCAUCAAGUGAACAGAAAAUCGGAUAUUUAUAUAUGCUGUGUGUCGUAUGCACACAUGGUGGCUAGCAAGGGAUUCUUCAUGGCUAUAGUGAGCACUAACGUUGAAACCAGUAACCCAGAAGCAGAGUUGAAGGUUGGCCUGGAUCUAUGUAACCCAAUUGAGGAGAAAUUUGUUUGGAUUGAUGACCUUUACAAGCCUACUGACAAUGGAGCUGAGAGUAAGGUAUUCAUCACAGAGUCUUACGAUGCAACAACUCAUUUUGAGACGACUUGUGAUGAUGUCAUUAGCACCUUUCAGCGAAUCACUGGUGAACCGUUCGACUUCAGCCAGGUGAAACACACAGAACUUAACCCAGAUUGUGAAUAACUUUACUAGAACAGAAGAGACUUGUCGCGGAACAAAUCUAUCCUUGGAACUCUAUGGGAGGAACAUUGCUUUUCACAUUCUGCAACAUAAUAUUUGAACAUUACAAUCACUUAUGAACAAGCAGUAACCUUAGGGAUAGGUUGAUGAUUGUUUUGAGGCUAUGGCACUGAUCAUUUGAACUUAAAUACAUCAAGUGUAGUAUUGAUUAGUACAAUGUAUUCUGUAGAUUUAGAACACUGUAAUGUUAUGUUUCAUUAUGUAUCCUUGUUAUUGAUUCUAUUGUAUUUCGAAUAUAUAAAAUAAUAACCAAUUAAUGACUAUCAACAGGACUUUAAAAAAAAGAAAAGAAAAAAAAGACAGUUUAAUUUGGUUUUCCCUCUGGGCCUGUGCUAACAACACUUUUAGAGUCUUAGAGUCAAAUCUUAAUGUCACACUGUACAGUUUGUAUAGCGUUGCCAUGACGUUAAAAAUAUUAAACACCAUUAGUCUGAGUUUGAGUUUUAUAAGCACCAUGCCUGGUUAAAAUCGUAUAUCAGUAUAUGUGCAAAAUGUAAAUGUUAUCCAUUAAAAUUUGUCACUGUAAUUGUAAAAUCUGUGUGAGGUAUAACUGAAUUGCUUGUUCAUAAGAUGGUUGAAAAUCAUCUGCCGUAUGGUAGACUGAUUGCACAGGCUAUAUAAGCUACUCUGUAAUGGGCAGUGGCGAUAUGGCUAUUUUGUCUUCAUUGUCGGUUAUUUAUUUUAGAGGCUUGUCCUUGUACACAUGACCUUUUUUGUAUAUUUUAUUAUCUGAUUUGUAUAUGACUUAAUUCUUCAUUGUGAAACAAUAUGCUAUCUAUAGGUAAAGUGUCAGUGUUAAAUUGGGAAUAUUAAUACUGAAAUGGAGGAAUGGUUGGAAUGUUUUGUAUCACCGGUUACAGAAUUAGGUAGUCGAAUACUUGAUAACUAUUUGAUUAACUUGAUUAAUCUGUAUAGUUUGAGAGUGGCUACUACGUUGUAAUAAAUUUCAAUACCUGGAUGAGAAGUAAACUGAUACAGUAAAUACAUUUAACUAAAAGUUGAGUUUCAGAGGAGAAGGAAAAAAAAAAGAAGUGUUUUGAUGUCAUAUAAUAGUCUAUUUCUAAAACCACAUUGUCUUAUAAUUUUUAAAACAGCGCUGAUAAUGAUGUUGAAAUGCUUUAAUUGAUGGGUCUUUGUCACAAAUUGUAUAUCCAUUCCACUUUGUAUUAACUGCAGCUGUAAAUGAUUUCAAAUUUAAUCAAUAUUUCUUCUUGUGUGUAUGUAAAGGAGUGUUCUUUGAAGCAUAUGCCUUAAUUUUUUUCAAAUUAGCCAUCCCAACCAUUUUAUCCACCCAUGAAAUUCUUGCACGAUAAAUCUAAAUCUGAUUUAGCCCGAUGCAUUAAGAAAACUAUGGCACCUCUGUCUACAUUUAUUUUUGGAAUAUCCCUUAGACGCUGCUUGUUAGUGAAGUAUGUAGCUAUCUUGGUGUUGUGGUAUCAUUGCAGUGUCAUACUAGAUAGUGCUGUUAAUAAUGAUGUAUUGUAAUUAAUUUAAUGAUGCAACUGCUUGUAUUGCAUGACGAUGAUUUUACCAAGACAGUGGUAUUGACUUUUCAUUCAACUCGACCAAUUAAAUGUUUCUUGUAUGUUGUCCACUUCAAAUGUUUGUCUCAUUAUGUUCUGACCAUGCUUGGAUAAUAUUUAAUGGAUCUUUCUCAGUUUGGUGUAAUUGUACUUAACAAUAUGAAUGUAUGAGUAUAGAUGUUCUUUUGAUUUAAAACUAAAGUACAUCACGAUUACAACGACAUUAAUUUAAUUAACAAUAACACAUACACGUGACAUAGAGACUGUUAUUUCUAUCUUCAUAUCACACUAUACAGCUUUUGAAGUAAUAUUCUUUGGGAGCAAAUGUGCAAUUUUAUUACCACAAUGUAGAGGGUUCGGCAUAGAAAUUAGUGAAUUUUGAAAAUUAUGUGCUAAAGUAUAAAAUUCAUGACUUUCUUUAUUAUUACUGACUUGGUAAUGUAAUUGGAAGUUUGCACCAGAAUUAGGAGCAACAGUACUGGUGAAAACUUUUAAAGAGCUGUUCAUUGGGUAGAACCCUGAACAUCUUUGCAUAUAGGCAUCAUAACCCCAGAACAUGUGGGCUCAUGGAAAUUGGUAACAUUUUGAUUUAACAUGUUCUUGUGGUGAAUUUGCAGUUUUCAUAAAAAUAGCUGAGACAAUCGAACAGGUAUAGCUCUGCUUGCCUACAGUUUAUAAUCCAUUAAAUAAACUGGAAAAUGAAGACCAAAAGGAACAAGUUACGUUACAAUGAUGGAAGUGGUUAUUACGCAAAUAGCUGUAAUGGGAACAAAGACUGGGAAGUACCGUAUUGGUAGCUAAAUCAUAUUGUUUUACAGCCAGUCAGAUAAAAAAAAAAAAAAACAUUUAAAUGUUGCAUUUAAUAAUUUCCCCUAAAAAUGCUCACAUUUUCCCAAAAUGGCAAGCAGAAUUUGAUCCAAUCUAAGACAUUUUCUGUAUCUUUAAUAUUAAGAGUUACAUUUUUGGAGAUGAAUUUUAAUUGUUAAUAUAAUGCAUCUUCUGAAUGUUGUUUAAUGUGGUUAUGUACUAGCCAUCUUGGUGUCUCUUGGAAGUCUUGGAAUAUUGUAGUUGGUGCUAGACACCAUGUUUUUUGUGUUUUCUUGCAAGUCUCUCAUAAACAGAAGAAUUAAAAUUGCCAGCUUGAGCAUAAAUAUCAGGGUAAAGCUUUUUGGGAACAUCCAGCACAUGCAGGCGAUCCUAACCUGUUUUGGGGCAACUUUUGCCAUUUGAAAUGAAUGUUAUUGGUCUAGUCACGCGGUUAAAUGUUAACCAUAGUACACUUGUGUAUUACCUCAGAAAUGACAUUUGAGAAAUGUUACCAUCAUAUGUGCUUUGAAGUUCUUAUUGAGUUGAAAAUGCUGUGGUGGUGUUGAAUAGAACAGAAAGUAUAAACAAUAUAGACGUUGCUUGAUUAGAAAUGUCCAUAUGACUUAAUCUUGACAGAAUAUUACUAGGAUUACAAUUAAGAUAAUUUGGAAAUGGUAAAUAGCUAUUUUUGCUUGGAAAAAUAUUUCUUUAUUGGAUUGGGAUAAUCAUAAUACAUGUUUAAUCCAAUAUUUCAUAAGUUUUUUUUAUCAAAUUCUAUAAAAAUGCAUGAAAUACUAAUGUUUCUUGACUUCAAGCUAUGCUGACUGCUAAUGUUAUUGCUAAAUAAAACCACAUUGUCUUAUAAUUUUAAGCUUCAUGUUUGGAAUUGUGCAUUGGGAACUCAUUACAACCAUCAUUUUAAUGGCUGUUAAUUUUAAAUAAUAAUUUUUUUGCAAUCAUCAUGGAUUUUUUAAAAUAAUAUGUUAUGUUUUGAAAAUCUUAAAGCAUUCAGAAGCUCACGAUUAGGAUAGUGCUCGGAUAUGUAUAAAGCUGCACAUUUUUGUAUUCUUGUUGGUAAUAAGAUAUUACAGUACAGGGUUCAUACGGGUCAAGGAAUUCCUGGAAAGUCCUAGAAUAUACAAAUGUGAUUUUUCAAACCUAGAAAAUUAUGGAAUUUUUAGUUUGAUAAUAGAAAGUUCGGAAAAAAUUAAAAUUGAUAAUAUUUUUUUCCCCAUUUAAAAUAGAAUAAAAGGUGAUUGGUAGUUAAUAUCAAAACCUUGUACUAUUAGAUUUUAAUAAUGAUUGCAGAAAAUAAAUCCUUUUUAAAGUCUUAACAAGGCCUAGUAAAUGAAAUUUAAUUAAUAAAAAAAGUGUACGAAUCCUGCAGUUUUGCUAUAAACUUAUGUUGCAUACUGUUCUUGUGGUUGCACUAUCGGUGUAAAUUACUUUCAUGUUGAUCAUUAUAAUAAUCUAAAGGGAAAUGUGCAAGGCCGAUCGUGUUGCUUCUGUGACUUUCAUGUAUUCAAAUGAAACAUUUUCAAAUAUGGUCAAUAAAGUUUCAAUAUUGCUUUA